UAGCCAGGAGACUGAGACUGUGUAAAGUAAACUCUUGUAAACCGUAGGAGUUAGUUGGUAGUAGUACUGUCACGUCAAAUGAAUGACUUUAGAGUUCAAACAUGAUUUCUUUAAUCCUUUAUCACGACAUAUUUUCAUUUAUCAGAUAGUUAUAUGCGAAGGAGUGAUAGAGAGCAAGUCAAUUACUUGUUGAAUAUAAAAUUCUACGAGAUACGUCAGUUUUGCUGUGCAUGUGAAAAGUGUAUAACAAUAUAAUGGCUGACGUGGAAAUUCCAAUUACGGGUGAAAUUCAAGCCCCAGAGGAAAAAAUCUCGAACUCAAAACGGUUCGAUUUUUCGGAUUUUUCGCAACUAGCAGUUCCUCAAUUGGGGCAAUUAGGCUAUCCACAAGCUCAAGAAUGGAUUCAACACAGAAAUGCAAAUAUCAGGCCUUGGUCUUUGUUUUUGAAUAGUACCAAUUUCAGGCCUCCUCCAAGUUUGUCAAGAUUGAGCAAACGAGUAAUGAAAAACAUAGAGUACUUCCAAAGCAACUAUUUCUUUGUAUUCAUCAUCCUGGUUAUUUAUUGCCUGAUAACAUCUCCACUACUCUUAAUUGCUGUUGCAAUAUCACUUGGAACUUGUUACAAAGUUUCGCAAAGGCACCAGAAACAAGAGUUGACUGUUUUUAAUCACAGAUUAACCUUAGCCCAAGUGUAUUCUCUGAUUGGCAUCUGCUCUCUGCCACUUUUUUAUUUAGUUGGAGCUGGUGCUGCUCUCUUCUGGGUUCUCGGUGUCUCCUGUUUUUUGAUAACCGUUCACGCAACUUUCUACAACGUCGAUUCCAUUCUCUGUCCUGGAGAAGACGAACUUAACUCGUUAGUGAUGCAAGAGGUGUGAAUUUAAUCUUUUGAUUUGUGUAAGUCAAAAGUAAAAACUGUCUUCUGUACAUUAAUAUAGUAUUGAGUACAGUGCAAUACUAACGUAAAAACACUGGCUGAUUUAUAACUUAUAAAUCUAGCUUUCCAUUAAGAACUAUGUAAUAUAAUUUUGUUGAAGUUUGAUAAUAUUUACGUUAAAAAUGAUUUUGAUACACCAAACUAACAUUAAGCAAACAUUUCUGUAAAGACUUAUCGUUUUUAUCAAUUGAAUAAAGACUUGAAUACAUAUAUUUCUGGAAAAAA